UCAUAAUAGAGGGCGCAGUUGGGUGACGUCACUUAUAUCCUUCUCGCUAACCUCGUGUAAGAUGGCAGACACAAAGUUGUACGAAAUUUUAGGCGUCAGUAAAAACGCUUCCGAUAAUGAAAUCAAAAAGGCUUACUACAAAUUGGCAAAGGAAUUUCAUCCUGACAAAAACCCAGAAUCUGGUGAAAAGUUUAAGGAAAUAAGUUUUGCAUACGAGGUUCUAUCUAACCAAGAGAAGAGGGAGACAUAUGACAGAUUUGGUCUUCAGGGUUUGAAGGAAGGUGCAUCUGCAGGGGGUGGAUUUGGAGGCGGCCUCUUUGAUGACCUGUUUGGGAAUUUCUUUGGCUUCCCGGGAAUGGGAGGCGGUGGCGGCGGCGGCGGGGGUAGGAACCGCAGGAGGCGUGGGGAAGAUACUUUCCACCCUCUCAAAGUGUCUUUAGAAGACUUGUACAAUGGUAAAACUGCCAAACUUCAACUAAGCAAAACUGUGAUUUGUGGAAAAUGCAAUGGCAUGGGGGGUAAGCAGGGAGCAACGGUAAAGUGCCGUAACUGCCAGGGGCGGGGCGUGAAGAUCACACUGCGUCAGCUGGGGCCAGGGAUGGUGCAGCAGAUGCAGUCUAUAUGUAAUGAGUGUCAUGGUGAAGGUGAAACAAUUAGUGACAAGGAUAGGUGCAAGUCAUGCAAGGGGAAGAAAGUGACAAAUGAGACGAAGAUUUUGGAAGUGCAUGUUGACAAAGGAAUGAAAGAUGGCCAGAAGAUUCCAUUCAGAGGAGAGGGGGAUCAGCAGCCCGACAUGGAACCCGGUGAUGUGAUUAUCGUACUCCAGAUGAAGGAACACUCUGUGUUUUCCCGUGAUGGUGUUGACCUCUACUGCACUCACACUAUAGGACUGACAGAGGCUCUGUGCGGCUUCCACUUCUCCCUCAAACAUCUAGAUGGCCGGGAACUGGUAAUCAAGAACCCUCCAGGAGAGGUCAUACACCCAGGCAUGAUAAAGUCAGUGCUCAGUGAGGGCAUGCCAAUCUACAGAAGCCCCUUCGAGAAAGGAAACUUGUACAUAAAAUUUGACAUCACUUUCCCGAAACAGAACUUCACAACAGAAGCAAAACUAAAGGAACUGGAGACUUUGCUUCCUGUCAGAGAGAAAGUUGACAUACCCAUCGGUGAUCAUGUUGAGGAUGUUGAUCUUGUCAACUUUGAAGAUACACGAGGUAGUGAUGGACGUCGAGGCGAGGCGUAUGAUGAGGACGAUGAUGAAGAUCACCAUGGGCCAAGAGUACAAUGUGCUCAUCAGUAGUAAUUUAUUACCUUCACAUUUUACGAGAAGACAUUUUUUACUCUUGGAUAUUUAACUGCAGAGGAUGUCGAUCUGAACUCAGCAAGGUCAUAACAAGAACGAUAUUGGAAUCCGACUUUUCAACAUUGUUGGUACAAAUCUUCCCACGCCUUGAAUGUCAAGGUGUUUGUUAGGUUCAACCAAUACUGUAGAAUCGAUGCGACUGUGACAUGCCUUUUUAAAUCUGUUUUGGACACUACGAGUCCUGAUUACCCAUAACUAAUCGAAUACCUGCUGCUGUUGAUGAAGCACCACGUUAGAAGGCAGUGAACAGGAUGAGUUGGUAGAUGUUUUCUAGCCUGUCACAACUCUGAAUAGCUGAGUUUUUCCAAGUUGAAGAGAACAUUCAUGUUUGAUACAUGUCAACAUGGAUAUCGACUAAUGCAACAAGAGGCAUGUCUGUAAGUUAAAGAGGAUGAACUGUUUCUCACUGACAAACUUGUCAAGAGGACUGUCACAGUUUGUUGUGUAUAUGAAAUAUCUACUAUUUUAAAAUGUUCAAGAAAAGAUUGAUGGUUCCGUGUAUGGGGCUUGAAUAUUUGCACAAACUGUGAAUUUGUUUUUCAUGUUUUAUGAUGCGAGUGUUGUACCAUGAGAUGAAUGGAUGGUAAUUAUCAGCUAUGUAUUCUCUACAUGUAAAUGGAGUACUCUGUAGGCUUUCAGUUCACAGUGUUUGUAAUGCAUUUAAUCAUAUUAAUGUGUGUCCAGUUUCAAUGUGUAGACUUCUGUCCUCAUUUCAAGUAUAACCAGCAUUACAACAUCCUUCCUUGGGAAGGGCAAGCAUUUGCAUACAGCAGGCCCUUCCUGUGGAUAUUAAGUUUGUUACAUCUGGUACUUGUAGGUUCAUGUGCUAUAAAUCAAUCCCUGUAUAUAUACUGAUCAGUAUGUCGUAGAUUUCAUUGGAAAAAGGGCAUACAAGCAGAGAAAUCUAAAUGUUUAUAAUAUAUGUUCAUUGAUGUUGAAAAUGUGAAAUAACAUAAAUUUAAAUAUUUCCGUCAUAUUUACAACACUUGUGCUUGUGGUUCUUUAGUUGAAUAUAAACAAAUGCAACAGAAUAUUAAUCUUGAUUAUAACUCCUGUAUAGUGUGCGUCUUUCAACAUGUUGGUUAUGUGUCCAGCUGCAUGUUGUUUUAAGCUGUACAUUUGGUAUCACGUGUACAAUGGGACACUUCACCCCAAACGACCUAUUAAAUAUAUGUAGAAGGAUCUGUAUCUUCGUCACCCGUUCUUGGAUGCCCGAAUGUUUUGGGCUGUAUUGUAUUAGAACACAUUAACUUGACUAAACACCACCACUCAAUUUCAUUUGUAAAUGAAACAUUGAUCCUGUCAUUGUAUGGCAACUAUUUCACAUACAUACAUGUAUUUUAUUAGUUCAUUUUAUCUUUAAGUCUCAAAUUCAGUGUGUAAAUUAAAUAAAUAAAUGCAUUACAUAU